GCCAAAGUCUUGUCCACAACAGCGUUCGGAGAUCUAUCGAUUGGUCUGCCGCUCCUUCUCUUUUCCGUCGGCACUAGGGUUUUGUGGAGCUCAUCUUUCGUCCUCAAGGCUCCUACAGCGUCGUGAAUCAACUUGUUCUCCGCCGAUCUGUCGCAUCUCUGACGAUAUGUCGCGGAAUCCUGCUCGAACGGUAUACAUAGGUAAUUUGGAUGAAAAGGUGAGUGAGCGAGUCUUGUAUGAAAUACUUGUCCAGGUAGGUCGUAUAGUGGACCUAUAUAUACCUCGGGAUAAGGAAACUGAUCGCCACAGGGGCUAUGCUUUUGCGCAAUAUGAGUCUGAGGAGAUUGCAGAAUAUGCUGUUAGACUCUUUUCAGGCCUUGUACGCCUAAAUAAUAAGACCAUCAAAUUUGCGAUAUCUGGUCAAGAUAAGUCUUCUCAGAACACUGGUACACCUAUAACAUUGAAGCCUACUUUUCCAAGGUCAACUUCUGUAAGUGGACGAGAAAUAGAUGUCUCUCGAAACUCUUUACGGUUAGUUAACCACAGGGAUUCUGAGAAUAUUGAUGAUGUUCCCUUGAGUUACCCACAGUCAUCCUCUUAUGGUUCACUAAACAAUGAUAUGAACCGUGGCAACUACGAAUAUAGCAGGCGUGUUUUUGGGUCUAUGUUCAAUAAUGAUAAUCGGCAAGGUGGGACUCAUCCAAUUACAUUUCCCUCCUAUUAAUCUGUUAUGCCCCUAAUGACCCCAUGUAGGAGUAGGUUCCAAGUGAUCUGCCAGUCUGGUUAGUUUUUCCCCUUAUAUUGGAUAUUAAGAACUUGAUUGUAGAUCUCUCAAGUUUCUCAUCCAUUAUCUAUCUUAAAUGGAACAAGUGAGUAACAUGAUCAGAACUGUCUUGUACAAUAUUAUGUUUAAACAGCUGUAGCUCAGGUCUUCGAGCUUAUCAUUUCAUCUGUAAAUGAUUUGUUGUGUGUUAUUAAACCUCCGAAUGUUUUGCGUUAGCUUCCUUAAUGAUAUGGCAGUAUGAUGUAAAUUCCAAGUGA